AUGACAACCCAGCUUUCUGACCGGGUCAUUAUCGUUGGCGGUGGUCUUGCUGGCUUGGCCCUCGCUCAAGGCCUUCAAAAGGCCGACCCACCUAUACCAUUCCACAUCUUUGAACGGGAUACCAGUGCGACCUAUCGAGCACAAGGUUACCGUAUUCGCAUCUGGGGUGAUGGGGCAGACGCCCUCAAACACCUGUUACCUGAACAUCUCUGGACCGCCUUCGAAGCAACAUGUGCUCAGCUGGCAGAUGGUGCUCGUAAACUCGAUGCCCUGACGAACGAAGUCGGUGAGAUGACGAUUCCGAGGGGAGCUCUUCCUUCUGGAACACCGUAUAAUGCUGAUCGUACUACGCUUCGAUCUGUAUUGUUGGCUGGACUUGAAGAUAAAAUAUCCUUCGGAAAAGUAUUCGAGGGCUAUGAAGUUGAAGAAAAUACCGGGGUUGUAAGUGUACAGUUCGCAGAUGGAACAGUAGAAAAAGGUCGUAUAUUGGUGGGUGCGGAUGGGGUGAGGUCUGUCGUCCGGAAAUAUUUCUUGCCAGAGCUUAAACCGUUGGAUAGUGAAGGGCGGGCUAUAUUUGGGAAAACGUACCUUGAUAAAACGAGUGUGUUGGAGCAAGUUUCCAGCCAUUUGACGAGUGGUGGGAUAGUCAUCACAAGUGGUGAACAGGGAAAGCAGUUGAAGUUGUUUAGCGAGGCUAUCUACUUCAACCGUGGAUUGGAGGCAACCGCUGGGUUUGAUUUGCCGCCGGAUUAUAUUUAUUGGGUUAUUUGCUUGAGAUCAGAUCUUGUUGCUGAUGGAAGGCUAGAAGAACGUAACUUUUUGAAUCUAGACUCGACGAAGUCCGCGAAGCUCGCUGGCGAUCUUACGGCCGACUGGAACGAAAAGGUUCGAAGCGUGUUUGACAACCAAAACCCAGAUGCCGCAUCAACUUUGUCAUUCUUCAUCUGCGACCCGGAAAACUUCAAAUCCAGUUGGGAAAAUCUUCGUCGCGAGAGAGCUAGAGAGCCAGUAGUUUUACUGGGAGACUCUGCACAUCCGAUGCCACCAGUGGGUGCAGUGGGGGCUAAUACGGCGUUUCAAGAAGCUUCCGAUCUUUUCGAUACCUUGGUUAGAUUGUAUAAUACUUCUUCUCCUCCUUCCGCGGGCGCUGAGGAAGAGUUGAGGAAUUAUGAGACGAGAUUGGUGGAUAGGGCAAUUGAGUCGAUUCGGAAGAGUACGGCUGGGGCUGGGAAUUUUUGGGGUAUGAGGCCAUUGGCGGAACUUAAGCCCGCGACGGUGUGGCGUUAG